UGGAAUGAAAUAUUUUUCUCGCUUCCUUAUAAUAACUAAGGAUAUAUCGACGUCUGGCUGGAUUUUAAGCCGCUUCUAAAUCACCAAUGGUUGAGCAGGUCGUCGAUAUCUUCUUUAUGAUUUCAUGACAACCAAUGAAGAUUGGAUAUUUUAAAACUACGGAAUAACUUGAAAAUAAGAAUGUUCCUGUAUAUCCUAAUAGUUGUGGCUCAGCUGACUGGAAGAGGAUCCCGAUACGUUAAUGCCCUCUGUACCAAUGACUUCGAAGAGGGAAUCAGUUCGCUCAAAGGUUGGGAAAGAUCCGGCGACGCCUUUAAUAAUCAACCGACAUAUGGAGACAACCCAUCAAUCCGAAAACCUGGAAUACAUGCAAGUCAUCAAGGUCGUUAUUGGAUCGGGACUUACGAAGACAGGCCAAAGCCAGAUUCUCGUCCAGGAAAAGUGCAGAGUGAUUUCCCCACAGGAAAACUUACUUCGCCUGCAUUUAGAAUUACUGGAACCGAUAUCAAUUUUCUGAUUGGCGGAGGAUGUGACCAAUCAAAAGUGAGGGCCGAAUUGUUGAUUAAUGGUUCCGUUGUGGAAUAUGACACAGGGAAAUGUUCAGAAACCAUGCGCAGAGUUCAUUGGUCUGUAGGGCGGUACAGGGGCCAAACAGCUAAGAUCAGACUGGUUGAUAAUUCCAGCCAAGGAUGGGGACAUUUGAACUUCGACGAUCUAAAGGGAGAUAUGAAAUGUGAAGAUACAGCAAGCGGAAGUCCAAUAACAGCAUCAACAGGAAGUAAAAUUACUGAAACGAUAAGAAGCGAAAGUCCAAAAAUGAUGGAAGAAAGUAACCCAACACCCAUGUCUCCGACCGGAAGUCCAACCACAGCCUCAGCAGGAAGUACAACGCCUUCAGGGAAAACAAGCGGAAAUCCAAAAAUGAUGGAAGGAAGUAACCCAACAUCCAUGUCUCCGACCGGAAGUCCAACCAAACCAUCAGCAGGAAGUACAACGCCUUCAGGGAAAACAAGCGGAAAUCCAAAAAUGAUGGAAGGAAGUAAACCAACAUCCACGUCUCCGACCGGAAGUCAAGCCACAGCCUCAGCAGGAAGUACAACGCCUUCAGGGAAAACAAGCGGAAAUCCAAAAAUGAUGGAA